UGAUGAUGUUGCUCCUCGUCUCGUCUGUUAAUCAAAAACCAAUCUAAAAAAAAAAACGCUCACUCUCAUUCAACAGGUUCAUCUUCUCUGUUUCUUGGAGCUUCUGUCUUACGGAGAAAUGACAAUGAUCAACAGCCUCCGACGGAUGGCUCGUUCCUCUCAGGUUACUUUGCAGAGCAGGAGGUAUGCUGCUGCUUCUUCUUCUGGUUCGAGGAUCUUUACUACAGAGGCUUCACCCCAGAAGCAAACCAUAGUUGGGUCUAAAGGGCAUGAUAUGCUGGCACCUUUUACCGCUGGGUGGCAGAGUGCUGAUUUACAUCCUUUGAUCAUUGCCAAAUCAGAGGGAAGUUAUGUGUAUGAUGACCAUGGCAAAAAGUAUCUUGAUUCUCUCGCUGGUCUAUGGUGUACUGCCUUAGGAGGAAAUGAGCCACGCCUUGUUUCUGCUGCCGUGGAGCAGUUGAAAACCUUGCCGUUUUAUCACUCCUUUUGGAACCGUACUACUAAGCCUUCUCUGGAUCUUGCCAAGGAUCUUCUAGACAUGUUCACGGCUAAUAAAAUGGCCAAAGCUUUUUUUACAAACAGUGGAUCAGAGGCCAAUGAUACCCAGGUCAAGCUGGUAUGGUACUACAAUAACGCACUUGGAAGGCCUGAAAAGAAAAAGUUUAUCGCCAGAAAGAAAUCGUACCAUGGCUCCACUCUAAUAUCAGCAAGUCUGUCCGGCCUUCCAGCACUGCACCAAAACUUUGAUUUACCUGCACCGUUUGUGCUCCACACAGAUUGCCCUCACUAUUGGCGUUUUCAUCUUCCAGGUGAAACGGAAGAGGAGUUCUCAACCAGAUUAGCCAAGAAUUUAGAGGAUCUCAUCAUUAAAGAGGGACCAGAAACAAUUGGUGCUUUUAUCGCUGAACCAGUCAUGGGUGCUGGUGGUGUGAUACCUCCACCUGCUACUUACUUUGAGAAGAUUCAAGCAGUUGUUAAGAAGUAUGAUAUCCUGUUCAUUGCUGAUGAAGUGAUAUGUGCAUUUGGAAGGCUGGGAACAAUGUUUGGCUGUGACAAAUACAACAUCAAGCCAGAUCUUGUAUCAUUAGCUAAGGCACUUUCUUCAGCAUAUAUGCCGAUUGGAGCCAUUCUUAUGAGUCAAGAAGUAGCAGAUGUCAUUUAUUCUCAAAGCAACAAGCUAGGUGCUUUCUCGCAUGGAUUUACUUAUUCUGGUCAUCCAGUUUCAUGUGCUGUAGCGAUUGAAGCGUUAAAGAUAUACAAAGAGAGGAACACACCAGAGCAUGUGGCCAAAGUUGCCCCAAGGUUUCAAGAUGGUCUUAAAGCUUUUGCCAAGACUAGUCCUAUUAUUGGAGAGAUAAGAGGAACGGGUUUGAUUCUCGGGACUGAGUUUACAGACAACAAGUCACCAAACGAACUAUUUCCACCAGAAUGGGGUGUUGGCGCAUAUUUUGGAGCCGAGUGCCAGAAGCGUGGGAUGUUAGUCCGCGUUGCAGGUGAUAGCAUAAUGAUGUCUCCACCGCUCAUCAUCUCACCUGAAGAGAUCGAUGAGUUGAUAACUAUCUACGGGGAAGCAUUGAAAGCUACGGAAGAGAGGGUAAAAGAACUCAAGACUCAGCAAAAGAAGUGAGAAGCAAAGUUACCAAAAAAAAGUUGUUUAGAAUCUCUCAUCUCUCUCCUUGGACUGUUUGCCAUUUGCUUUACACAAUUCACAGUUCAGUUAUAUGCAUAAUAAAGCAUCCAACUUUGACUCCA